GCCGACCAGCUGGAGGGAGAUCUGCGUUAGUCAGACCGGAGCGCCUGUGGUGGUGGUAGUGGGAUCAGGCGAGCUGAUGUCGCCUCUGGAUCGCAUUUGGACCGCCGUUGUGGUGCUAUGCACCCUAUCGACAGGCGGUGCCGCCGCCGCCGUGGACGGUGUGACCGUCGAGGCGCCGUUCUCGUGGCGCGGUCUGCGCGGCACCGUGCGGCUGUCGCAGGCCAGCCCGGCGCACAACGUCACCAUCACGGUGGAUGUGACGCUGAUGGAGGACGAGGCGGCCGGCAGCUACCGGCUGCGGGUCAGCGAGUUCCCCGCCGACUACACCAGGGAGGACUACUGCGACGACAGCGUCACCGGCAAACCGUUUAACAAGCUGGAGGGAUUGGAAGAGAUCCAGUUGCCCUCCGAUGGACCCAUCACCAUGGAAACGAACGAAAUCAGUCUAUUAAGCACUGACACCAUCCUGGGUCGCAGCAUCAAGCUGGAAGGCCCCAGGGUCGUCUGCUCUACAAUACAGGCGCCCGACCUGGAGUACGACGUGGCCGAGGCGCGCUUCCAGUCGCCAGUGGCGGGCGCGGUGUUCAUCCGCCAGUACCGGGUGAACGGCACGCGCUACACCAGCUUGCACGCGGACCUGGCGCACUCGGGCAGCAGCGUGCCCACCUCGUCCCAGCACGGCUGGAGCGUCAUGGUCACUGACGUGCUCACCACUGCCGCCGACGAGAGCAGAGGCACGUGCAACUUCCUACAGCUGGUGUACGACCCGCACAGCGCCGACCCGGCCCAGUGCACCGAGGACACCCCGGAGCUCUGCAAGGCCGGCGACCUGCUCAGUCGGCUCGGCAAGAUCAAGGUAGCCAGUCGGCGAUCUCGGUUCACGCGCCAGUUCUGGACCUCUGACCGGCUGGAGCUGCCGCCGUGGCGCGGCUACCGCAGCGCCUACCUGGUGCUCUACGAGAAGGAUUACCCGGACUCGAUCCUGGCCUGCGCCAAGAUCCGGCCCGUGCAGCGGCGCACCGCCAGCGCGUUCCUCUCGUACGACGGUGUGCACGGCGUGGUGGAGCUGAGCCAGCGCUCGCGGUUCGAGCCGACCCGGCUGCGGCUGAACGUGAGCGGCCUGGCCGGCCAGGCCGACACGUUCGGCGUGCACUCGCUGCCGGUGCCGCCGCGCGCCGUGCGUCGGACGGCGCCCUGCGAGCGCGUCGGCGCCGUCUUCAACCCGACAGAGGUGGACGCCGAGCUGACGGAGCCGGCCGGCGGCGCCACCGGCGACCGCUACCCGCUGGGAGACCUCAGCGGCAAGCACGGCCGGCUCACCGGGCUGGACAGCUUCGAGGCCGAGGUGUCCGACUUCAGCCUGCCGCUGUGGGGGCCGCGCUCGGUGGUCGGCCGCUCGCUGGUGAUCACAGCGGCCGGCGGCGGCGAGGGCGGCGCCGGGGGCGCGCCGUGGGUGUGCGCCAACCUGCAGGACAGCCGGCCGAUGGUGACGGCCGCCGCCGUGUUCCGGUUCCCGCUGGCCGGCCGCGUGCUGUUCCUGCAGCCUGAGGACGCACCCGAGGAGGACACCACCGUCCUCCUGGAGGGCCUGCUCUACAACGACGGCUCCAUGAACGGUACCGGCGCGCACCGCUGGAACGUCAACGAACUGGUACCAGGCGCCGACUUCAGGAACUGGAGCGGCCGAUGCCUCAGCGCUGGGCCCCGCUUUAACCCCUACCAGGUGAACAGCGAGUCGCGCCUGUACUCGCGCUCGUGCAGCGCCGAGGAAAUGACCAACUGUGAGAUGGGCGACAUGGUCAGCAAGCACGGCACACUGAAUCUAGCGGCGCUGCGGGACAAACUCAACGAGACGCGGCGCCUGUGGACCGAUACCAACCUGCCGCUCUCUGGCCCAAACUCGAUCAUCGGCCACAGUCUGGUCAUUCACGACGACAACGGACCCAAGGCGCGCGGAGACCGGCUGGCCUGCGUCGAGUGA